AUGGCUGUUGAAUAUUGUAAAUUGAAAAAGAAUAAGAGAUUAAUAGAAAAGAUACCAGAACUUGAAGAGAUUCAAUGUUUAUUGUUUGAUUUAGGAUCACACAUUGCAACACCAAGAACCGAAGGAUCAUCAUCUUCAAUGCAUUUAGCUAGAACAGAAUUUAGUGAAACUCAUGUAGAAAAGAUAGAGUUGGCUAUCGACGAAAUGGAUAAAUACUUGGCACCCUUGAAGAAUUUUAUUUUACCUGGAGGAGGAUUAGAAUCAUCACAAUUCCAUAUUUGUAGAGCAGUUUGUAGAAGAACAGAGAGAGAUAUGUCACCAUUAUUAAGAGAGUCAGCCAUCGACGAGACGGCACCCAAAUUUAUCAAUAGAUUAUCAGAUUACUUUUUUGCAGUAUCACGAUACUGUUCAUUGGUUACCAAUCAUCCAGAAUCUGUUUACAAAUUGCCAAAAGACAGAGACUCUAAUAACAAGUACCAACGUUCAGGGCUAUCCGUUAUGAAAGAGUAUGAUGAUGAUGAUCAACACCAAAUCAGUAUUUCUGCUGCAUGA